AUGCCUCCCCAAUUUCCAUCCACCCACCGCGGCAUGACCGCGAAUCCCUCCAGGCCUGUCCAGCGCUACCGUCCUGGGAAAGCGCCUGCUGAGGAGCCGUCCUCCGACGAUGAAUACGAAGACGAUAUCCAAGCCGAGGAAGAGGAACGACGAAAACAGGAGAAAGCGCAGCGGCGACAGCAGCAGCAGCAGCAAAGGCGGCCAGCCCCCAAAGCCACCUCAUUUCCAAGUUCUGCUACCGGAACGAUUACAAAGGGUGUCCAGGAUGUUAAAAUCGAAGAAGAAGAUGACGACGAAGAGGGAUUCGUGACGGAGGAGGAAAUCGAGGAGGAACCUACGAAAGCGCCUAAGCCGGUGGCAGUUCAGAAACCGACUACUGCUGCCCCUAAACCGGAGAGUGAAGAAGAAGAGGAGGAAGAGGAAGAGGAAGAGAGUGAGGAAGAAGAAAGCUCGGAAGACGAAGCUCCGAAGAGGGUUCUUCUUCGACCUACGUUUAUCAAGAAGGAUAAACGAAAAGAAGCAGCGGAAAAUGCUGCCAAUGGAUCGGCAACAGCUGGUUCAGCCCUCACCGCGGACUCUGCAGCUGAGGCAGAAGCGCGACGAGCGCAGCGGCAAGAAAAGGCCGACAUGCUUAUUCGAGAACAGCUCGAGAAGGAGGCUAUAGCCCGGACCGCUGCAAAGAAAGCUUGGGACGAGGACGACCCGAUUGCUGGAGAGGAGGAUGCACUCGACGACCGUGACGGGCUGGACCCGGAAGCGGAAUACGCAGCCUGGAAGCUCCGAGAGCUGAAGCGGAUAAAGCGCCAGCGUGAAGCGAUCGAAGCUGCUGAGAAGGAGCGAGAAGAGAUCGAGCGAAGACGAAACCUCACUGCCGAGGAACGAGAGCGCGAAGACCGCGAGUUCCUCGAGAAGCAGAAGGAAGAACGGGAAGCCACUCGUGGCCAGGCCGGAUUCAUGCAGCGCUACUUUCACAAGGGUGCUUUCUUCCGGGACGAGCUCGAGCGGGAAGGCUUGGACAAGAGGAAUCCCAUGGGUGCCAAGUUCGUGGACGAUGUCAACCGGGAAACGUUGCCGCAAUACAUGCAGAUCCGUGAUAUGACCAAACUGGGAAGGAAAGGACGGACGAAAUACAAGGAUCUCCGAACAGAAGACACGGGACGCUGGGGCGAGGGCUUAUUAGACAUCCCGCCGAGGAGGAACCGGAACGAAAAGCCCCUUGGUGUAACCGACGAGCGAUUCCUACCAGAUCACCGCCGGGACGAUCGCAACAAAGGUCCUACCGGCGCCAAUGCCAGUGCCGUCCGAGAUCGACGUCGGUCACGAUCCCGAUCAGAGUCACGGCCACGACGGAGGUCGAGGUCCCGAUCCUACUCUCCCAGACGAGACCGCUACAGCGAGAAGAGCAGGUUCAGAGACGACGACCGAAGAGAUUCACGUUACGACGAUCGGGAUCGUGAUCGUGAUCGAGACAGGUACCGGGACGACGACCGGCGGAAAGACCGCUACGCAGACCGAUACCGCGACGAUGAGCGGAGUCACAGGAAACGAAGCCCUUCGCCUUACGCUGACCGGGACAAACGCCGGCGAGUAGAGAGCGUUUCUCCUGCACGAUAA